AUGGCCUCCGCGCCUCAGGUGCGCGCGGAAUUAUGGACUCCGCCGCUGCCCGCUAAACCCUCAUUUCCCCCUUCCGCACCUCCCGCUUCCGCGCCUCCCCUUUCCGCGCCUCCCCCUUCCGUCCAACCCCCUCCGCCGCUCCCCUUCCAUCUCUGGCGGCGCCGCCAGCAGCGCCGCGUGCGCUCCGCGUUCUCCGCCGCGUCUGGCGCGCGGAAGCAGUGGGACGCCGCCUCGGCGGACGGGCUGCGCGCGGCGACAGCUGUCCUACCCGGCAAGGGCGUGGGGCCGUUGGGGAGCAUGGAGGGCAUCGUGGCGAGGGCAGCAGACAAGAUCCGACGCCUCAUGCAACGACUUCCCCACACCUUCCCUUCUUUUUUUCCCUCGCUCUCAUCCGUCACUUCCUCCCCAUCCUUCCUUUCUUCCCCACACCUCCCGUCUUUAUCUUCUCCUCUCGCCCCUCAGUCUUUCCUCACUCACACAUCCCUCUUCUCAUUCUCCUCCCCCUGCUCCACCUCUCCUGCCCCUCGUCCGCCCUUCUCCCGCCCUCCUCCUACGCCCACAACCAUCUCCUGCAUGAUGCUAUGCUCUGGAUGA